GGCCAAUAUGGAGCUGGCCAAAGGUGACAUGCUGCAAGGAGAGCAUAUGUUGGGCUCCGUGACAGACUCUUCGGUUUCGGAAGUGCUAGAAACGCGGCGCACGGACUGGAAAGCUGUCGCUAUGGCAGGACUGGUAACAUUCUUAGCAGCGGUUGAGAAUACGGUACUGGGAAUGUCAGAAUGGCCAUACAUGCACACAAUUGAUCCAGAUGCUACCUCGCAAUUCUUCGGACUAGUGUCCUCAGUGUCUAAAUGUGGACACGCAAUUUUUGCUAUAGUGUUUGCAUUUUGGAGCUACAAGGCGAAAAGUACGAAGAUGCCAUUGGUAGCGGGAAGAGUCAUAGCUUUUAUUGGAUGUUGCUUAUAUUUAUGCGUGGAAUUGUUGCCCACGGGAAGACGAUAUCUCAUGCUAGUAUGCUACUUCCUCUUCGGUGUAGCCAUUAGUUCUUCUACAGUUUUGCGAGCUUACAUAGCCGCCGUCAGUUCGACAGACGAUCGAGCACGAGCCUAUUCAGCAUUUGUUGUAGCCAGCAUGCUGUCUGUUGUUGUCGGACCAGUAUGUCAGCUGGCCUUCUCGGAUAUGCCAUAUCCCGGAUACGUUCUGAUCGAAAACGCUUUGAAAUUCCAUAUUUAUUCGGCACCUAUCUGGAUAGCAUCAUUAACGAAUUUUGUUUCGAUAGCUAUAAUCAUUUACGGAUUGAAGGACAUUCAUGUAGGCGAGAAAGUGGAGAAAAAAGGUGAAAGUGAGAUUUCUGUCAAAGUACUGAAGGAAAAGAUCAAAGCAGUCACGUCCAUGAACCUACCAUGGGGAUUGAUCUUUCUGUGCUGGUUGGAGAAGAUGAUUGCUCAACUCUCUAUAGUCACGCUAUCCACAGUUGUCACACCGCUUGCGAUGAUCUCAUUUGGCUGGGAUGGCCAGCUGACCGUGAAAGUUUUUGCUUUGUGCAUGGCUUGCGUCGGUGUCCUCUCAAUCCUUGUCGCAUUGGCAUUCGCGGUUUGUCGACUCGGAAAUAUUAUUUCGCCAAGAGUUUCCUUCUUACUUGCUAUUUCUCUGCCCGUUGUCAUGUACGCGCUAUCGUUCCCAUAUCCGAUGACGAGUCACAAGAUGUUCGAAUAUAAUGCCACUAGCGGAAUAGGCUGCAACACAAGAGAAUACACGUGGUGUGACACAGCAUACGCAACUUGGCCAAUCGUUCUACUACCAAUAAUUUGUGUUGUUAUGGGAAUUGGUGUGCCUACGUCGUUUAUCUCACUAGACACGAUCUAUUCGAAAGUCCUAGGCGACAUUGAUCAGAAUGUAAUGCAAGGUGCCAUUAUCGUAGCAGAAGAUGUCAUACUUAUACUUGGUCCGCUUUAUGCUGCGUCAUUGUUUACCCAUUCCGGUCAGGCCACCUUAUGGAUUGCCAACGGCGUCAUCACAAUCGGUGGCAUUGUCUUGUGGAUCGCGUGCUUCCAUAAGCUCAAGCGGUUUAAAUAAAAGGGAGCAGCACUUUCGGGAUAUGUGCAUUAAUGGAAUUUCUUCGGGUACACGAAGUGUUCUUUUUUUCGAGCCGGGUCGUCAAUGAUUGAACUCUCAUUUUAUCGCCUCUGUCAUUGCUAGAUACCUCAUCGCCUCUGUCUUGUAUAUCACUGAUAUGGAACACGAUUUAUCGACACAUAUUCACCUAUUGAUUGACUACGAUACUACGUAGUAAAGUGCAUUUGUCAAGUGAGACAAUUAUGUAUGCAUGGCGC